AUGCCGUUUAUGCACCUUUCGGCCAAUGAGAUUGACGUGAGGUGGCAAUACCGAUAUGCGAACCAGUAUCCCAAGGCUAUUCGCUUGGUCUCUGCUGGGUUGUUGAACCUCAAGCCGCUUGUCACACACCGCUACCCACUCGAGCAAGGUAUCGAGGCCUUUGAGACUGCAAAUGAUAUUACUAGGGGUUGCAUGGACAAAACGCGAUAUGCUGUGUAUGCUCUGGGCAUAGGAGCCAAGGCUGACGAAUUGGAAUAUGUUUAUGGCGCCGAAUCAGAUGUAAACGACUUUUCGAAAGCAGUAGGCAGCGACCGUGCACCUGGGCUGCCCAAAUUCGAUCCGAAUCGCGCCAUUCAUGGUGGAAUGUCCAUCGAGACGCUUCGCCCUCUCCCGGUCGAGAGCGGCCCGGGGACGUUGACGAAGAAGAUUAUUGGCGUAACCGAGACAAAUCGGGAUCAUCGUGGAUGCCGAGUUGGUUUUACUCGACCCCAAAGGCACACCUUACGCUCGUCUUGUCAUGCACUCGAGACCUCCAUUUGGGAAGUAGGCCCCGGACCAGACGGAACGACGGAACUGGCAUUUGUUCAGAAGAACUUGACAAGCGGAAAGAUUGCCCUCGCUCAGGGGUUGCUCGUUAACUAUGAGUUUGAUGUGGCCAAUGGGCUCAUUGCACCAGAUGGUGUAACGAGGAACGCAAUCCUUGUCAACGGUCGCUUCCCUGGCCCGUUAAUCUCUGCCAACAAGGGAGACACAAUCAAGGUCACUGUGCGGAAUAAGCUCUCGGACCCGACUAUGCGACGGAGCACCACCAUCACAUUGGCAUGGUCUUUCCAACAUCGUACAGCAGAAGACGAUGGACCGGCCUUUGUUACUCAGUGCCCGAUUCCUCCACAAGAGUCCUACACGUAUAAUUUGUCCCUCGACGACCAAACUGGCACAUAUUGGUACCAUAGCCAUUUGAGCUCUCAGUAUGUGGAUGGAUUGCGUGGACCCCUUGUCAUCUAUGUUUAUCCAAAGGACCCGUAUAGAAACUACUACGAUGAAAUCAUGGCCGCUCACGAUGUCUUGAAAACGAUUCCCGAUUCUGGUACUAUAAAUGGGAAAGGCAAAUACGAUCCUGCUUCUGCGAACAACAACACCGUGCAGCUCGACAACCUUUACAAACUCAAGGUCAAACGUGGCAAGCGCAUCCAGGGCCACAAGUGCACCAUCAUCGAGGCCGAUGGCAUUCUGACCAAACCGAUCGAGGUCGAUGCGUUUGACAUUCUGGCCGGGCAGAGGUACAGCUGCAUUGUAAGUUUGGUUCCGUCUUUGAAAUUAAGACCAUCCCGACUCGUACUGGAUCAAUGCGCCGAUACCAACGUCCUGAACACAAACGUUCAAGCGAUGCUCGAAUACGACGAAGACAGACGCCCUUCGCACUAUCCUUGGAAACCGUUCCUGACCUGGAGAAUCACAAAUGAGGUCAUCCGGUACUGGCAACACAAGCAUGGUUCGCACGGGCACAAGGGCAAGGGACACCACCACAAGGUUCGGGCGAUCGGCGCCGCUGCACUUGUUGCGAACGAGGCAGAGUUGGACAAGAGGCAGAACCAGGAUAACUCGACUGUCGUGUUGGAUGAGACUAAGCUUGUUGUAACUUUGAUUCAACCUGGUGCACCGGGUGGGUCGAGGGAUGCCGACGUAGUGGUUCCUUUGGUGUUUGGACUUAACUUUGGCACCGGAAUGUGGACGAUCAACAACAUAUCCUACUCUCCCCCUGAUGUUCCAACGCUUCUGAAGAUCCUAAGCGACAAGGGGCAUGUGGACGCAUCCGACUUAGAAUUGCAGUGCGGCCAACGAGCUCACUAUAUCCUUCCCAAGAACAAAGUUGUCGAGCUACACAUCAAGGGCCAGAGCUUGGGCAUCGCCCAUCCUAUUCACUUGCACGGCCAUGCAUUUGACGUCGUCCAGUUCGGAAACAACCCUCCCAACUAUGGGCAUGUGGACGCAUCCGACUUUGCGGCCAACGAGCUCACUUAUAUCCUUCCCAAGAACAAAGUUGUCGAGCUACACAUCAAGGGCCAGAGCUUGGGCAUCGCCCAUCCUAUUCACUUGCACGGCCAUGCAUUUGACGUCGUCCAGUUCGGAAACAACCCUCCCAACUAUGUGAACCCUCCACGCAGGGAUGUGGUGGGCGCCCGUGACGAAGGAGUUCGUAUCCGAUUCAGGACUGAUAACCCAGGACCUUGGUUCCUUCAUUGCCAUAUUGACUGGCACAUGGACGAAGGAUUUGCUAUGGUAUUCGCGGAAGCUCCGGAGGACAUAAAGAAAGGCUCUCAGAGCGUACGUCCAAACGGUCAAUGGAAGAAGCUAUACACGGAGACUGACACAACGUUCAUCAUCCCUUCUGGGUUUUCGUCUCGGUCUCGGUCUGCCUCUGAUGGGCCCAACACUUUCCUUGUCUCUCUGUCACUCUUUGCUUCUGCCGUCCUUGCGCGCACCGUCGAGUACAAAUUGACAAUCAGCAACGGAACUAUAGCUCCCGAUGGUUUCCAACGUAUGGCUACUUUGGUGAACGGGGGGUAUCCCGGUCCUCUCAUUUUCGCUAACAAGGGAGACACCUCAAGAUCAAUGUCCAUGUAUCAGACCACUUCCAUCCACUGGCACGGUCUUCUCCAACAUCGAAACGCAGAUGAUGAUGGUCCUGCGUUUGUCACUCAAUGUCCGAUUAUUCCGGAAGCCUCGUAUACUACACUAUCCCUCUGGAAGAUCAAACCGGAACAUACUGACCCCAAAGACCCUCAUAGGCAUCUGUAUGAUGUUGACGACGAAAAGACUGUGCUGAUCAUCGGUGAUUGGUAUCACUCGUCGUCAAAGGAAAUCCUCGAGUCUAGGAACAUUACUAGACAACGACCGGAUUCUGGUACGAUCAACGGCAAAGGUCAAGCAUGGAAACGCUAUCGCCUACGCAUCAUCAAUAGCUCGGCGAUCGCCUCGUACCGAGUCGACAUACCAAGCCAUAAGAUGACAGUCAUUGCGGCCGACGGUGUCUCGACUCAGCCUUACAAGGUCGACAGGUUUGAUAUUCUGGCAGGACAGCGCAUAGAUGUAGUCUUGGAGGCGAACCAAGAACCCGAUGCGUACUGGAUCAAUGCUCCCAUGACCAACGUCGCGAACAAGACUGCCCAAGCGCUGCUCGUUUACGAGGAAGACCCGCGGCCACCCCACCCUCCCAAGGGGCCAUACCACAAGUGGGAGGUCUCUGAGGAGAUUAUCAGUGCCAAUACCACGACUCCGGUUAUCAUGGAUGAAGCUAAACUAGUUCCGCUCGAGAACCCCGGAGCUGCCUGUGGUUCCAAGCCAGCUGAUCUCGUUUUGGAUCUACUUUUGGCCUGGUUCAACUUUACUUCGGGUCAUUGGAUGAUCAACGGGAUCCCAUACGAGUUCCCUAAUCUUCCUACUUUGCUCAAGAUCCCACUGACAAGGACGCCGUCACUGAAUCUGAUUUGGAACUUCGGGAUGGGCAUCUUGCACCCUAUCCACCUCCACGGCCAUACUUUUGAUGUUGUCCAAUUUGGUAACAACACACCCAACUAUAUCAAUCCUCCUCGCAGGGACACGGUUGGUUCCCUUGAUUCGGGCGUGAGGAUUCAGUUCAAGACGGAUAAUCCAGGACCGGUUCUUGCAUUCCAUAUCGAUUGGCAUCUCGAAGAAGGUUUCGCAAUGGUAUUUGCUGAAGCACCUGAAGCCAUCAAGCAAGGUCCAAACAGCGUCCCUGUGGACCAGCAGUGGAGGGACUUGUGCAGAAAGUACGAAACCCUACCGCCGGGCUUCUUGUAG